AACAAAAAAAAACAACACAGAAGAAGCAAAACAAAACGGCGUAAUAUCAAUCAUCUCUCUCUCUCUCUCUCUCUCCCUUGUUUCACACCACCAUCGCUACAACUUCAAAUUCAGCUUCUAACACUUUUCUCUCUGCAAAACCUAAAACCCUAAUUUCUUCAAUCCAAUGAAACCACGCACCGAUGAAUACGAACAAGAUAACGACGACGAUAAUGACGACGACGGUCUCAAAGAAGACAUGGCUGCCCUCGCGCGAGCCUGUAUGUUCAACGACGAUGAAACUCAAUCUCAAGAAGAUCCACUUUUGGCCUCCGGAGACGCUAUUGUCCCCUUCACUGUUACCGCCGACUCUGACUCCGAUGAACAGAGUGACCUAGAAUGUCUCAAGAGAGUUCAGAGUCUUUACCAGCCUAAUAAUGGCACUCUUCCUCCUCCGCAGCCGACUACAGCUACGUCCGACGAUGAUGAAGAUGACUUCGAAACUGUUCGGGCCAUUUUCAAACGGUUUUCUGCUUAUGAUGGAGGUGGAAGGGAAGCAUGGGAUGAGGAGAAUCAGGCCUCGAGUUUAAUCGGUGAGGGGUAUGUUGCAAAGACCUCCAUCUCUGACAACUCAGAUACCGAUGAAUUGUGUCCUGAUUCUGUAUUACCUGAUAAUGACUCCAAGUUGCGGAUUCAACCAUGUGGUUUUGACGAGAGUUGUGAAAAUGAUGUCCACUUGUCUUCUCAAUUACCGAAGAAAAGAUCAAGCUUUCCUCCGUCAGCUCAAGCUUUUGUUGAUGCCCUCAAGAAGAAUAGAGUUCUCCAAAAAUUUCUUAGAAAUAAGUUGAUUGAUAUUGAAGCAAAAAUUGAGGAAAACAAAAGGCUAAGGGACAAAGUUAAAGUCCUUAAGGAUUUCCAGGUUUCAUGCAGUAAAAGAACGGCGAGUGCUUUAUCAUUGAAGAAGGAUCCGUGUGUUCAGUUAAUAUCAUCUAAGAAGUCUGUUGCAACAAAUAAGUCAAAGAGCCAUAAUAAAAAAGUAUCUGCAAUGUGUUAUGGCCCAGAUGAGAAUUCUCAUGUUGCUAACUAUAAGAUGGUAUUGGAAAGAUUUCCGCAUUCAUUGGAUCGGAAAAAAUGGUCAAAUAAGGAAAGGGAAAAUCUUUCGAAGGGAAUUAAGCAACAAUUUCAAGAAACAGUGCUUCAAAUUUCAGUAGAUAGAAUGAGUUCAGGUUGCUCACCUGGAGAUGGAAAUGACAUGGAUAGUAUAAUUGAAUCAGUUAAAGGUAUUGAAAUUACACCAGCGAGGAUUAGAGAAUUUUUAACUAAAGUUAAUUGGGAUCGAUUGGCUUCUAUGUAUGUUGCUGGCCGUACUGGUGUUGAAUGUGAAUCAAGGUGGUUGAAUUGUGAAGACCCUUUGAUCAACCAUGGCCCAUGGACUUUUGAAGAGGAUAGGUCUCUUUUGAGUAUUGUCCAAGAGAAGGGCAUCAGGAACUGGUUUGAUAUUGCUGUAUCAUUGGCCACAAACAGGAUUCCAUUUCAAUGCUUGGCACGAUUCCAAAGGAGCUUAAAUUCUUCGAUGAUAAAUAGUGAAUGGACUGAGGAAGAAGAUGCCCAACUUUGUUCUGCUGUUGCAUAUUUUGGUGAUAGUAAUUGGCAGAAUGUUGCUUCUGUUUUAGAACGGCGGACGGGAACCCAGUGCUCGAAUAGAUGGAAAAAAUCAAUUUUUCCUGUGAGGAAAGGGAGCUUUACUCUCGAGGAGGAUGAACGCCUUACAGUAGCAGUCAUGCUGUUUGGCCGGAAAUGGAAUCAAAUAGCCAAAUAUGUUCCUGGCCGGAUCCAAUCUCAGUGUAGGGACAGAUACGUUAAUAGCUUGGAUCCUUCUUUGAAAUGGGGUGGGUGGACUGAGGAAGAGGAUUUAAGAUUAGAAGCUGCAAUCACCAAGUAUGGAUAUUGCUGGUCUAAGGUUGCUGAAGAUGUGCCUCCCCGCACGGAUUCCCAAUGCCGAAAGAGAUGGAAGGUGAUAUGUCCUGAACAAGUUCCUCUGCUUCAAGAAGCAAGAAAGCGGCGAAGGUCUCUUCUUGCCAGUAACUUUGUCGAUCGAGAAUCUGAACGUCCAGCCCUUACACUGAAUGACUUUAUUCCAUUACAAAUGGUAGUUUCAACAUCUGAUGUUGGUGCUGAAAAUCUCCAAAGAAAGCGGAAGAGACAGACGCGUGGCGUUCCCAAGAAAGUGAAGUCAAAAAAGCAUACAAAAAGGACUCAACUUUGUACUGAAGAAGUACAAGAUGCAGGUCUUAGGGAAGAGAGGCCUAAAAGACAUGCAAAGAAGAGAUCAUUCUAUCCCGAGGUUGUACAAAAUAUAGUUCCCAAGAAAGAAAAGCCUAAAAGACAUUCGAAGAAGGCUCGAAUUUGUCCCGAUGAAGACAGCAUAACACUAGCAUGCUUUUUGCACAACAUAUCAAAGAAAAAACUAUCUAAAUGUACCAAAAAUGCUAUAUCAUGUUGUGACAAGGUCAAGCCCUGUAUCAACAGUUCGGAAACUCAAGAUGGAGACAGCAUAACACUUGCAUGCUUUUUGCACAACAAAUCAAAGAAAAAACUAUCUAAAUGUACCAAAAAUGCAAGCCAGGCUUCGUCUUCCUCUAAGACAAAAACUGUAUCUAAGCAGGUUGAAAAUCAAAUCUCAUGUGGUGAGCAACACAGAUUGUCUCUGUCAUGUGAUAUUGAUGGAACUAAAGAUUUGCUAAUGCAAGCGGAGGUUGAUUCUAGCAGACAAGUGAGAAAACUGGAAAUUGCAAAUGCAGCUCGAAAACCAGAUAUGCCUCUUAAGUUCUAUGUGAGAAAGAAAAAGAAAUUGAGCCAAGCUAAUCUAGGAAGCGGUGCAUGCUCUCCCUCCAAAUUAAAAAAGGGAUCUACAUUACUCCAUGGAAACAAGUCAAUCAUUAUUUCUGAUGGCAGUGAACCAUCCAUGUCAAAAAUUGUUGAAGACGAGACUGUUUUACAUGGUGGUGUGGCUGAAGCUGAACCCACAACCAUCAAUGUGGCUGAAGAAUAUGCUGUUUUGCAUGGUGGUGUGCCUGAAGGUGAACCCACAAUCGUCAAUGUUGUUGAAAAAGAGACUGUCCUGCAUGGUGGUGUGGCUGAUGCUAAACCCACAAACAUCUAUUUGGAAGAAAACGAUGACCUGCUUAUUUCCUUCCUGCAGAACAAGACAAAGAAACAACGAAGACGGAUCAAUAUUCGGAAAUGAAGUUGCUCAUGAUUCAAUUCAUGUGGGCUGCUAUACCUGUUUGCCAACAUCUAGGUAUGUAUAAAUACAAUACAGAUGAUUAAAAUCUGGUGCUGGGAAAUUGUGGAAUGGCCAAGCCAUAUCGUCAUAAAGGGGAACUAGGUGUGUAACUUCGAAACCAACAUAGCCAUGAUCAUGAAUUUGACCCAGAUUGCCUGCGAUAGAAAAAAGGGUCAUGGCCCGGGUUGUGCGUGGCUGUGGCAACUGCAGCAUUUUGCUACUGCAGGAAUCUGAAUUAGAAGAUGACAUAGUUCAAGGUACAGUGAGUUAUUAGAUACGAAAGCAUGCCAAUGGAAUUUUGUUGAGCUUUGGCCUGUAUAAACACAUUUUCGGCCUAGCCCAAUAUAUGUAUACUAUUCAACUGCUAGAAUUUUAUAAGCUUGAAAUGUGAGUUAGAUUUUGGUUUACACUAUCAAACUUUAGGCAUAUAUAUAUAUAUGAAGAAAUUUUGCACUCACAAA